AUGGCCAGCAAUGAGAUGGCCGAGUGGUUAAAGCGUUGUACUCUUCUCCUCCACAAGAAAACUGAACAUUUCUCGGUUUCCAUUGCAGAUAAUUCCUCUGUAGAUCACAAUAAUGUUGAUGCUGACGGUCACUUGUCGAUCUACUCCUGGCGAGCCAACAUUAUCAGUCCUUGCAGCUUAACUUGUGAUACAGGUAUCCAGUUGACAUUCUUUAGCUGUUUCAACAUACGUUUGGAAAAAGUCGAAGACAAGUUCUGCGACGGUCAAGCCCAGCCUGAUCCCAGUUACCACGAAUGUACGCGUAAAGAAUGUCCGGCACGCUGGGUAGUCGGCCUCUGGAGCGAAUGCUCAAGAAGCUGCGAUGUCGGUGAGCAAGUUCGUUCGGUUCGCUGUUGGAGAAUGUUGGCGCCGGGUUUCGAUAGCAGUGUUCAUGUGUACCUUUGUAACACGGCAGUAAGACCUGCAUCCAGUCGGAAAUGUAACAACCAACCGUGCGGUCCUCAAUGGGAAAUGUCGACAUGGUCAACGUGUUCUUCUCUCUGUGGUUAUGGAAUUCAAAGACGCCAUGUUCGAUGUAACUCAGGCAAUGAAAUACAUUGUAAUAGAUCUACGAAACCGACAACACACCAAUCCUGCUUCCACCCUCCUUGUGUCCACAGUUGGAAAGUGAAGAAAUGGUCGAAGUGCAACGGUCCGUGUGGCCGAGGUGUUCAGCAUCGGGACGUGAUAUGCGUUGACCGAAAUGGAAUUAGAAGCGACAUCAGAUCCUGCGAUAAAAACACCAAACCACAAACGGUGCAAGGCUGUGGCUUUGCACCAUAUUGUCCAUCGAUGUGGGUGCCACAGGCUUAUGACACGUGCUCAGCUUCUUGUGGCCAAGGAAUUGUAACCAGGAAAGUAGUUUGCGGACGCGUGGUUCGAAACAGUUUCCAGUUGCAAUCAGAUGCACACUGUCGCCAUAAACCUCGACCAACAAGCACAACCACCUGCACCGCCAAACCGUGCCUCUCCAGUUGGUAUGUCACAGAAUGGUCAAAGGUAAGUUUGAUGAGAUUCGACCAAAGACAAAAGUUCUUUUAAUCUUUAAUCAUCUUU